UACUUCAUAGAUAGGGAAAUGCAGUAUAAUCAAAAUUUAAUAAGUGUUCAAUGUUAACACUAUUUUUUCAUCCAAUUACCCCAAGUGUCAAAUAGGCCAAAAUAUCGACAAAACAAACGAAACGCAGCAGCAACAGAAAUAGAAACAGCGAAAAUUCAAAACCCAAAGCUCUCGAAUCGAUAAACUCAGAGGCUGAGGCUUAGGCUGUAAACACACACAAAUCAACCCCCCUCAACCAACACAAGAAAAAUUCCUAUACAUAACAGCAGCAGCAGCAGCCGGAAAAAGAAGCAACUAUGGCUUAUCGCUUGAAGGCCACUAAGUGUCCCACGGACGAGCUAUCCCUGACGAAUCGAGCCAUUGUCAACGUGGGCGAUUUUCCCGAAGAUGUCAUCUAUGCGGACAUUUCGCCCGCACCUGGACAGCAUUUCAUCUUUGCGCUGGAGAAGUCCCUUGAGGUGCCCAGAGGCUAUGUGGGCUUCUCACUUGUGCAGCGCAAAUGGGCCAUGCUCUCCAUUAACCAGGACCUGGAGGUGCGACCCUAUCGAUUUGAUGCCAAUUCCGAUGUCAUAACAUCCGUAUCCUUUGAAACUGACUUUCUGCAAAAGAAGACGGUUUCCCAGGAGCCAUACGAUUCGGAUGAAAUGGCCAAGGAAUUUAUAAUGCAAUUUGCUGGUAUGGCUUUAACCGUUGGCCAAUCGCUGGUCUUCAAUUUCAAGGAUAAGAAACUGCUCGGCUUGGCGGUUAAAUCGCUGGAUUCGAUCGAUCCGAAGAGCCUUGGCGAGGGCAAGGAGCCAGUGAUGCGUAAUGUUCGCUUUGGUCGCCUCCUCGGUAACACUGUGGUACAGUUCGAGAAGGCCGAGAACAGUUCACUGAAUCUGCAGGGCAAAUCCAAGGGCAAAGUGGUUCGCCAGUCGAUCAUCAAUCCCGACUGGGACUUUGGUAAAAUGGGCAUUGGCGGCCUAGAUCAAGAGUUCAAUGCGAUCUUUCGUCGGGCAUUCGCCUCCCGAGUCUUCCCACCCGAGCUAGUGGAGCAGCUGGGCUGCAAGCAUGUGAAAGGUAUACUCCUCUAUGGGCCACCCGGCACCGGCAAAACACUGAUGGCCCGCCAAAUUGGCACCAUGCUGAAUGCACGCGAACCGAAAAUCGUCAACGGACCGCAGAUUCUCGAUAAAUAUGUGGGUGAAUCGGAGGCGAAUGUGCGUCGGUUGUUUGCCGAUGCCGAGGAGGAGGAGAAGCGUCUGGGCCCGAACAGUGGCCUUCAUAUCAUCAUCUUCGAUGAGAUCGAUGCGAUCUGCAAGCAGCGCGGCUCUGUGGCCGGCAACAGUGGUGUUCACGACACCGUCGUCAAUCAGCUGUUGACCAAGAUCGAUGGCGUCGACCAGUUGAAUAACAUUCUGGUCAUCGGUAUGACCAAUCGGCGGGACAUGAUUGAUGAGGCGCUGCUGCGACCGGGCCGUCUAGAGGUCCAAAUGGAGAUCAGUCUGCCCAAUGAGGCGGGACGCGUUCAGAUCCUUAAUAUACAUACGAAGCGUAUGCGGGAUUUCAAUAAAAUGAACGAUGAUGUAGACAACAAGGAGAUCGCCUCUCUUACCAAGAACUUUAGCGGUGCAGAGUUGGAGGGUCUGGUGCGUGCGGCUCAAUCAAGCGCCAUGAAUCGUUUGAUCAAGGCCGAUGCAAAGGUCACCGUCGAUCCGGAGGCCAUGGAAAAAUUGAAAGUGAAUCGCGAUGACUUCCUGCAUUCGCUGGAGAAUGAUAUUAAGCCGGCAUUUGGUACCGCCCAGGAGAUACUCGACAAUAUGCUCGCUAGGAGCGUCAUCAACUGGGGUCAGCCGGUGACCAAUCUGCUCGAGGAUGGCAUGCUCUAUGUCCAGCAGGCAAAGGCUCCCGAAUCCAGUGGCGUCGUCUCUGUGCUUAUUGCCGGUGCGCCCAAUUCGGGCAAGACCGCAUUGGCCGCCAAGCUGGCCAAAAUGUCUGACUUUCCCUUUGUGAAGGUCUGUUCGCCGGAGGAUAUGGUCGGCUAUACCGAGUCGGCGAAGUGUCUACACAUUCGGAAGAUCUUCGACGAUGCCUAUCGCUCCACCCUCAGCUGCAUUGUGGUCGACAAUGUGGAGCGUUUGCUCGACUAUGGACCCAUUGGGCCACGUUACUCCAAUCUAACGCUGCAAGCUUUGUUGGUUCUGCUCAAGAAACAGCCACCCAAGGGACGCAAGCUCUUGAUACUCUGCACCUCAAGCAGACGGGAAGUGCUGGAGGAAAUGGAAAUGCUGUCGGCCUUCACCUCGGUGCUGCAUGUGCCCAAUUUAUCCAGCCCGGAGCAUGUUACCGCCGUGCUUGAGCAAUCCGACAUCUUUACCAAGGGCGAAAUCCAGGCCAUUGGCAAGAAGAUGUCCGGCAAACGCGUUUUCAUUGGCAUCAAGAAACUGUUGGCCCUAAUUGAUAUGGCACGACAGACGGAACCCUCACAGCGCGCCAUCAAGUUUCUAUCCAAAAUGGAGGAGGAAGGCGGCCUCGAUAUGGUUGCGCGCAAAUAAGUUACAAAAUGCAAGCAGGAGUCUAGCAAAAAAAAAUUUAUAAAAAAAAUUGUUUGCAAUCUCAAUUAUUAGCUUCUAAGUGCGAAAAGUUAUUUGCCAUAUACAAGAGCGUUGU